AUGUCGGACAAUGCUAUGACACAGCCUGAAUUUCCUGAUGUCGAUCAUGGAACUAGAAUUCUCGUGGCUACAGCUAUCACUACGGCUGCGGCGAUCAUUACCGUGUUGGCAAGAUUCUACGUGCGAAUUUUCAUUAUUCACAAUAUUGGAUGGGACGACUAUAUCAUGGGUUUUACAAUGCUGCUCUCUGCCUGUGGGUUCGCAAUUAUCAUCCCUGAGGUGAAGUAUGGCGCGGGAAGACAUAUGAUAUACGUUCAACACACGGCAACUACAGCCAUGCGAUUGAACUUUGCGACUCAGGGGAUCUACCUGUGGGCAAUUGGCCUGGUGAAAAUAUCGAUUGGGUUAUUCUUGCUUCGUUUCGCACCCCGGAAGGGAUAUAAAAUCUUUAUUUGGGUUGUUAUUGUUCUCAUGGGUCUAUAUACCACGAUUUGCUUUUUGACUCUCAUGUUCCAAUGCAGGGACAUUCGAUCCAAUUGGGACAGCUCGGUACAGUCAAAAUGUUUCUCUACCAAACAACUUCUGGCACUGAGCUAUACAAACACUGCUCUGAACAUCUUGACUGAUCUGAUAUUUGCAGUCCUGCCGGUGUUUAUGUUAAGACACCUUCAAGUUAAUAUCAGAGUGAAACUAUCCCUGAUCUGCAUCUUGGGAUUAGGUGUUUUUGCUUGUGCGGCGGCCUUCAUCAAGCUCUCCAUCAUACCCAAUUAUGGUCGUACAGGUGAUUUCCUCUGGGACUAUACAGAUCUCACCAUCUGGGUCGUUACGGAAUGCAAUAUAGGCAUCAUCGCCGGUAGCCUCCCAACCCUCAAACCGCUCUUCAAAUCAAUCCUCCACAUCUACGGUUCCCAGUCAAAAAUGACUCGAGACUACUUCGGCUCCAAGAGAUACAAGAUGGACACGAUAGCUCGUUCAAGGGGAACACCGCUGCAGUCAUUGGCACACAGUGGCAAGUUCAGCAGUGUCAAGCAUGACAUGGACCUGAAGGUUCCCCGAUCCCACGUUACGCCUACGACGCGCUCGGGGACUUUCCUGGACAGCGAGCAGAGUAACUCUAGUGAGGAGCAGAUCCUGCCAGUUCCCGGAGAUGGUAUUGUUUACACGACCGAGGUGAUAGUUUCAAGUACCCAGGGCAUAUCCCAACCUCAGGGAAAUGCCUAUUACCAUGGGUGA